GCUGAACCAAAAAGAAAAUUCCAAAUAAAAAUAGCAUGAAUAGAACAAAUCGGAGAAUAGAAUACUCGUAGAACAUAAAAUUUCUAAGGCUUCCGCAGCGAACUUCUAAAGUUCAGAACAUGCCAACACAAUCCCCUAAUUUAGUCUAGUUGGUGACAUCGACGGUUGGACAUACUCAGGACUAAAAUCGUAAAGAACAAGAGUAUUUUUAGUGUAACGGUUUCUCCAAGAAUAUUUAAAUGUGUGUGUCGUGUGAAAAUAUAUUUUCCAUAGAUUUAAUUUCAAUUAAAAGAUGAUUGUAAAUUUUUUACAAACGGAAUUACUUUAAAAAAUACACAUGAUUUUAAAUAAAUAUUUAUGCACGAGCGAUGGUGCAAUUUAUAUGUAGAUAUGUAGUUACACUAAUAACAAAUUGAAAAUAAGUAUUGAUAUUUUAAACUACGUUUUUUUUGUGUAAAAUGAAUUAUAUUCCAAUAACCCACGUAAAAGAACAAAAAACCCGCAAAAUUGGGAACAACAGUUAAAAUAGUUCACUUCCUUUCACCAAAAAAAUUAACUCCAGAUUUCAUAAAAAAAGAGAUUAAAUAUUAACGGAUAUGAAACGCAGCUCAAGAAGUAGUCAAUAAAUCGUUAAAGUUCCGUAUGGAGAGAAGCACAAUGAAGCGGAAACAGAGACGUUACAGAACUACAUUCAACUCCUUGCAGUUGCAAGAACUGGAGCGUGCUUUCCAGCGAACACAUUAUCCGGAUGUUUUCUUUCGGGAAGAGCUAGCUGUGCGCAUCGAUUUGACGGAGGCGCGAGUACAAGUUUGGUUUCAGAAUAGGCGAGCAAAAUGGCGCAAACAGGAGAAAGUAGACAUAAGCGCAGCGACUGGAAAUCCACAAGACACCGAAGAUGGUUUAGGUGCUCAGACUGCGUAUGCGAAUGAAAAUGUGAUCGCACAGUUGGAUAAUCCUUUAGGCACGACGCUGCUACCAGAUACACCGCCGCAGUCUGCCAAUUCGCUGGAUAAUGAAUCCAAAGUGCCAUAUAAUAGUAGCUGCAUGUCGCCGUCUCGACUAUCACCAAAUAUAUUUCUUAAUCUCAAUAUUGAUCAAUUGGAGCGUGGAGGUGGAGUCUCCAUGGAGUGGUCUACUUAUCCACCAACGAGUACAAUGGCCACAAUGUCGCACACGCUUACGCAAUCCAAUACACCACCUCCACUGAUUGCUGCAAAUGGCAACAACAACCAUAAUAACAACACCGAUAUGGGAGAUCCGCAAACCAGCCAUCACAAUCACAAUUCCAGCCGUACUAAUCAUGUGAGCAUGCUCAGCAGUAGCCUUAAUGCGUCUCUGGAUUUGGAUGCAACCACAAAUUCUACUUAUGACGAAAUGAAAUUCCUUAAUGUCGAUCAGUUCACCAUUGACAACUUUAAGGCCGAAUGUAUCCUUAGUUUGGAUCAUGCGCUCGCAUUGGAGGAUAAGCCGACAUUAGAUCACCUUGGACAUGGUAUUUCAUUCGAUAGUGGGCAAACGGUGGAUAGUUGUGGUGUGGUCAUGCAUCAUUCAUUGGAUCAACUACAUCAGCAACAGCAAUUGCAACAUCAACAAAACGAUGAUCAAGCGCAAUUACUGCAUCAGAGCCAUCAGGAUGUGCACCAUCACAAUCAGCUGCAUCAACUGCAUCAGCAUCACAAUCUGCUGCAACAUCCGUCUUUAUCACAUCUAAUGCAUACUUCCAGUCAAUUGCAUAUACCUCAGCACGCGAAUGCAAUGAGUCUAGAUUUGCCUUCGUUUAGUUUAUCCGGCGAGAGCGAUCCCACCAAGUCGCCGCCGUCUUUAUUGUCCUUGGACAAACCGCUGUCGCUAAACAUCAGUGUCGAUGGCAUUGGUGACCUGGUCGAUGAUAAGUUUUAAAUUACGAGCUAGGAAUUCAUAUCAUACUAAUUUAAUAUUCUUAGCUACCUUAAGGCUAAAUUAAUUCUAAAAUAUGAUUUAUGUAAAAUUCGAAAGAUUUUGUAUAGGACGAGAACUAGUCAUGUUUGGAAAGGUGUUCACAUUCGCGGGCACAAUUUUGUUUGGUGCGAAACACAUGUGUUUAUCCUUUGUUAUAGAGAGGCGCCGAACUCAGUAAUACCUUCAAUAUUUGAUGCUAUUGAAGAUUCUUAAAGUAAAUGACAUCUUUUUCGAAGCAGUUCGGGAGAGGCUUAUGCAUGAUUGAUAUGCCUUUUGAGGGCGAGACACAUCCAUUUUUGUUAAAAAGCUGUCAUGAAAACAACCAGUGGAUAAUACUGUAAAUUCCUGUAAUUCGGAAGGUGCACAUCAAAACUAGGAAGAUGAACUUUGCCUAUUACUACUUAACAAAGGUUUUAGGCGCUACUUACCAUAUAUGAACAUAUUUCAGAUCGAUUAGAAUCAUUGUGAAAUGCCUGAAGUAAAAACAGGCCAAAACAAAGGCUAAAAGCACACCCGGACCUCUAAUAUUUUUUUUAUAACUACAUAUAUUUUCUUAUUUUGCUUAACUGAUGCCGGUAUAUAAUUUUAUAUUUUCCGGAGAAUAUUCCUUUCGAACACUCGAAUAACUGCCACACCUCGGCAAGUUUUUUGGUAAGCAUUCCAAGUAUAUACAAAAAGCGUUUCAGAAUAAAUGUGACUUUCUUAAAUAAACAAUAGCAAGAGGAAAUUUAGCGAAACCGAUUUGCUUUAUUCAAGAUAGUUCCCUUCCAACAACGAUUUGCAUGCUCCAGAAGCAUGAAGAAUGAAUAAUUCAUAUUGUCGGCUGGGUUGUAUUUAAGGAAUUAAAGCAUUUUCCUUUCAUUGAGACAUUAACUCUCCCGAUAAGGUAUAAGUCGGAUUGCUUCCAAUCAGUCGUAUACGAAUUUUGGCAGGAGGUUGACGACAAAUUUAUAAUUUUCAAUAGGGCUUUACAUUAACGUUUAUUUUAUGAAAAUAUAGUUAAAAAAAAACCAAUAUCAAACGGAUAUUUCGAUUAU